CCGCACACUAUCUGUUUGCGAUUAUCACGACGAACACGCGCUGCACAAUACCCCAACCACAUACAAGAUCCGACUUGCUUGGUAGCGACACUCAACAUGGACACAGACAUGGACUUCGAUGCAGGCACCUCUAGCCUGCAACCUGCAUUCGAGCCGCAACCUCAGGCACCUCCUCAAGUGCUGGAUGAGGGCCGAAAGAUGCUUGAUCUUGUUUUCGUGCAGGACUGCACAGGAUCCCAGGGAAGCUACAUCUCCUCCGCAACCAAGAACAUCGAGGAGAUUUGUAGUCACAUCUACGAGUCUGGGAAGCUCCAAACGCGCGAGGACCUCCGCAUCGGCCUCAUCGCGUACCGCGACCAUCCGCCACAGGACCACACAUACGUUACGAAGAACUUUGGAUUCUCGUCGGACGUCUCUAAGGUGCACAAGGAUCUGUCAGGCCUGUACGCAUCAGGGGGCGGAGAUGGACCCGAGGCCGUCACCGCGGCACUGGCGGAUGCGCUUCGGAUGGAAUGGCGGCCUGCCGCGAGCAAGAUGGUCGUGCUCAUCGCGGACGCACCACCACACGGCAUUGGAGAGUACGGCGAUGGGUUCGACGAAGGUUCGCCGGAUGGGAACGACCCGCUGCAGAUUGCCCGGACCAUGGCGCAGCAGGGAAUCACUCUCUUCUUCGUUGCGUGCGAGCCCGCGCUCAGCGGCUACUCUUAUGCAACCGAUUUCUACCAGGCUCUGACGAACAUCACGUCGGGCCUCAUGCUCCCGCUGACGACUGCAGAUCUGUUGACGCAUGCUAUCGUCGGGAGCGUGCUCGAGAACCUCGACAUGGAGCGCCUCGUGCGUGAGGUUGGCCAAGCCGUGUCCCAACGGAUAUUGGGCAACCAUGAGAGCGUGGAUGAUGUCGCGCGAGAACUCCAUGAGCGGCUGCUGCUCCGCAAUGAGAGCACGAAGAAAGUCGUCAUCGAGAGUAUCUACCGUGAAUCCGAAGAGGCGAAGCACAACGUGAGCAUCUACAUGAAUGCCCCAACCCUCGCGGAGGCAAGGCCACACCUAAAGAGGGUCCCUGGAACACGGUUCACCGACAAGUACCUGCACGCACGGAUGUCUUCGUCGCGGAGUUCGUACUACGGCUCGCCAUAUCUGCCCGCGCGACCCGCCGCCGAGAAGACGUCUCCGGUGAAGCCUGUUGCGCCCGCUUCGCCGCCAAGGAAGGUUGUGUCGGAUUUCAAGGCGUUCGGUGCGUCGCCGACAGCGAGCGUGUUCGGCACCGCGGUGCAGUCCACGCCGUUCUCGUUAGCCGGCGGCAAGGCAGCGUUCGGUGCACUCCGCGGGAACGGGCGGACGACGGCGUUCGACGAUGACGAAGACGAAGACGACAGUGACGGCCGGCAACGCGUGGAGCUCCGGGAAGACUCCAUCACGCUCGACCAGGCGCGGCGGAUCGCCAUGCAGAGUGCGUGGAGAAGUACCCGCGUAUGAGCCUGGCCUGCGCGCUGUGGCCUGCGCGCUCCUGUUUGCAGGCCUGGGGGCGCCCCGUCGCUUGCCGUCGCAUCUGUACAUUGUGUAUAUCCACCCAGCAUCGUGCGUAGUCAUUCCCCGCUGUCUCCUUUUACCCGCGGUUGUCCCGGCAGUCGAUCCUCUGGGUCACAGCCCGCGUGCGCCGCUUUCGAGUCUCGCUGAUCAUGCUGUGUUUCUCUUCUCAGUGGCCUGGGACCGCCCGGGGGCCCGUCUUGUAUCUCAUCGUUUUCCCGCUUGCGUUGAAC